AUGGAUUCCUUCUCGACGGACACAUUUGCCCAACUUGAGAAUGAACUGGAGUCUCAUUGUAGUAGCACUCCACUAGCUGUUUUAAAUUUCUUGCUCAAGUCAAAGUCCCAGGCAGAGAUGGAAAAGAAGUUCAGUAAACCUAUGAUGUGGAUUGGAAUUUAUAUUGCAAUUGCUUCUCUUUUCUGCAUCCUACCAAUGGUGGCUGAUCUAUUGCAUGGUUUCAAAAACAAAAAACUAUGGUUUCCAUGUAAAUACUUUACUCUCAAUGCUGCUUCCCUCACUGUCAUAGCUAUUGCAAUAAAACUACCUAUGGAUCUGAAUAACUCAAUGCCAGGAGAUGUGGACCAGGCCGCAAAGCUUGGAAGCAUGUCAUUUAUGUGCACCAUGAUGGCUAAUUUAUUGCCUUCCCUAGCAAUCAUGGACAGUAAGGAACUUCUCACAAACAUCAUAGCUUUGGCUGUUCUGGUAAUCACCUUGGUUGUAAAUGUGUGCAUUCAAAUAGAAACCGGAGUCGUUCACAAUUGUGAAGAUGGUUAUUACAGUACUCAACCUUAUAACCACUGUUUAAUAGCAUAUAUUUAUGUGACUAUGUUACUCAUGCUGAUGAUGAUGCAUAUAUGUACAUCCUUAAUGAUUCUAAAGUCAAAACAAAUAUUAGAAUCCAAAUACAGAUCAGGUCAUGAAACAGCUGUCAAGGAUCUAGAGUUGCAACAACCAGGAAGAGUAACGGUUGAGAAGCUAAAGCAUUAUGUUAGCAACCAUUGGAUCAUGGCAGAAACUGGCAACCCCCAAUUUAUGACAGUUUGUUAUGCUACAACUUCUGCUUCUGGGGUAAUAUGUGUUUUGAGCAUCGCCGUACAUGUUAUUGUUAUGCGUUUCACAAGACCAACUAUGAAGUUUUAUGGCUCAGAUUAUAAGUGGUCAGUGAUAGCAAUUCUUAUAACACAAUUUACGGGAGUAAUACUGGGUACCGUCGCACCUAUUUCUAGAUGUUUUGCGUCCUUAAGCUUUAAAGUCUCUAUAAAAUGGAUUUGGAACCAUAUGAGGGUCUUUAAAGUUGAGAGCUACUGUACUCAGAAGUUAUCUGACUGGAAGCAGAGUAGCAUACCACUGAAAUUCAGUAGCCGCAGAUGCAAGAUUGUCAUCCAGGAUCUAAAGGUCCUGAUUUUGAGUUUUUGUAUAGGAAUCCAGAAAUCAGUUGUGGCAGCAUGCAAGAUCAUAGCGUUGAUCCCGAUUUUCUUUGUAAUUGGUCUCUUCUGUUGUUUCUAUUGCUGCAAGUGGUUAAAGAUCAUGUUUGGUGCCACGUAUAAUGUGACAGCAGAAAAUCCAGCUCAACUACAACACAGUAAAGAUCUCAGCGAUUAUGUUUUGCAACUUCAAAAUGAUAUGGAGCUUGCUCAAAGAACAUUGAAAAGCAUUUCAAUAUCUGUGAACCAUGUGAUCCAAAAGGCUAAAAAGCAGAAGCCUAACAAUUUGCUGAAGCUUAUAGAGGAAUCCAGCAGUUUUGAAGGAGUUGGAAAGUAUGACGUGCAUCAAGUCCCACCUUUACCGGAAGAAAAAUAUGUGGACUGCUGGAGCUUACCAGUAGUAACCCUGACAGCCAUAGCCAUAUCUCUUCCUAACAUCCAGAACAACAUGGUCAAUCGGUUGCUAAGGAGUGUAAGCGAAGGUCUUACAUAUGUUAAACAUGUGGAAGAAACCCUCAAUGCUAGUGAAGAGUUUGUAAGCGGUCAAAAGGCUGCCAGAGCGUUGUGGCUAGAAGUUGAUGUUUACCACAAAUGGCUAGGAAACAAGUUGCAGAACCCUGCUCAUCAAGUUAAUACAACUAAAGAGAUCGUUCAGUGGUUCAGUGAUACAGCAAAAAACAUGAUCACUGAAGUAGAAAUUAAGAAUAAGAAAGGCUCAGAUGAUAGUUCAGUCUACAUGUCGGUUUCUGCCAACUCAAUGUACCGUAUCACCCAAACGCUCCUAGUUUCCUACGAUGCCAACAUAGACCAGGUUAGCCAAGAGGAGCUGUUUGUGAAAUUAUCAUCAAUGAUCUCUCACAUAUUGGCUGCUUGUCUCACCAACUUACCCCAAGUCAUAGCAAUGAAAUGCCACACAAGUGUCAUAGAGAAAAGGGAGGAGAGUGUACAUACUGCAGCCCGACUUCUUGGUGAGACUAUGCAGAUAAUCAAUUGCCUUAAAGAUCGCACACUCCCAAGCUUAAAUCCUGAUGAGUUGCCAUUUAUUGACAAGUGGCAUGAUUGUUUUCUUCAUCCUUCUCCUUGA